CUGUGAGGAACAAGCAGGGCACUGUGCUGCUCACUCCUCUGUUGGGGCUCCCCCAGGAAGGGUCCGGCCACCCAAAAAUUCACCUCUUCUGCCUCUUGGCCAUGACUGAACUCCCAUCUCUGACCUCUGUGGGGUCCUUGGGGCUCCAAGUAAACAGUGGCCCCCAGAGCUCCCCAGAGGAGGUUCCUACAGCUUGUUCAAGGCCUCGACACAGCCUGGGCAUUCUCCAUGCCUCCUACAGUGUCAGUCACCAGGUUGGACCCUGGUGGGACUUUACAUCUUGCCGGCAGCAGUGGGACAGGCAGAUCCUCAAGGAUGUCUCCUUGUACAUCGAGAGUGGGCAGAUCUUGUGCAUCUUAGGGAGCUCAGGCUCCGGGAAAACCACGCUGCUAGAUGCCAUGUCUGGGAGGCUGCGGCGCACGGGGACCUUCCUUGGGGAGGUGUUCAUGAACGGCCGGCUGCUGCACAGGGACCAGUUCCAGGACUGCUUCUCCUACGUCCAGCAGAGUGACACGCUGCUGAGCAACCUGACGGUGAGGGAGACUCUGCGCUAUGCAGCACUGCUGGCUGUCCGUCGCUGCUCCCCAGGUUUCCUCCAGAAGAAGGUGGAUGCAGUCAUGGUAGAGCUGAGUCUGAGCCACGUGGCAGAUCGACUGAUUGGCAAUUACAACCUUGGGGGAAUUUCCAAUGGCGAGAGGCGCCGGGUCUCCAUCGCAGCCCAGCUUCUCCAGGAUCCCAAGGUCAUGCUGUUUGAUGAGCCCACCACAGGUCUGGACUGCAUGACAGCAAAUCAGAUCGUUGUCCUCCUGGCAGAGCUGGCUCGCAGGAACCGCAUUGUGAUUAUCACCAUCCACCAGCCACGCUCUGAGCUCUUUCAGCUCUUUGAUAAAAUCGCCAUUCUGAGCUAUGGAGAGCUGGUUUUCUGUGGGACACCGGUGGAAAUGCUUGAUUUCUUCAAUGGCUGCAAUUACCCUUGUCCCGAACAUUCAAACCCUUUUGACUUUUAUAUGGACCUAACAUCAGUGGAUACUCAAAGCAAAGAACGGGAAAUGGAAACCUACAAGAGAGUCCAGAUGAUUGAAUCUGCCUACAAAGAAUCAGCAAUUUAUCACAAAACCUUGGAGAAUAUUGAAAGAGCAAAACACCUGAAAACAUUGUCAACGGUUCCGUUUAAAACCAAAGAUUCUCCUGGAGCUCUCUCUAAACUGGGUGUUCUCUUAAGGAGAGUGACAAGAAACUUACUGAGAAAUAAGCUGGCAGUGAUUAUGCGUCUUGUUCAGAACCUGAUCAUGGGUUUGUUCGUCGUUUUCUAUCUUCUGCGGGUCCAGAACGAUGUGCUGAAGGGUGCUGUCCAGGAUCGCGUGGGUCUCCUAUACCAGUUUGUAGGUGCCACCCCAUAUACAGGCAUGCUCAACGCUGUGAAUCUGUUUCCUGUGCUGCGAGCUGUCAGUGACCAGGAGAGCCAAGACGGCCUGUACCAGAAGUGGCAGAUGCUGCUGGCCUAUGUGCUGCACGUCCUCCCCUUCAGUGUCAUUGCAACCAUGAUGUUCAGCAGUGUGUGCUAUUGGACUCUGGGUUUAUAUCCUGAGGUUGCCAGAUUUGGGUAUUUCUCUGCUGCUCUCUUGGCUCCCCACUUGAUCGGUGAAUUUCUAAGUCUUGUGCUACUUGGUAUGGUCCAAAACCCAAAUGUGGUCAAUAGCAUGGUGGCUCUGCUCUCUGUUGCUGGGAUAUUUGUAGGAUCUGGAUUAAUAAGAAACACAGAAGAAAUGUCCCUUCCUUUUAAAAUCCUCAGUUACUUCACAUUCCAAAAAUACUGCUCUGAGAUUCUUAUAGUCAAUGAGUUUUAUGGACAGAAUUUCAUUUGUGGCAGCUCAAAUGGUUCUGUGACAACUAAUCCAAUGUGUGCCUUCACUCAAGGAAUUCAAUUCAUUGAGAGAACCUGCCCAGGUGCAACAUCCAGAUUCACGACAAACUUUCUGAUUUUGUAUGCCUUUAUCCCAGUUCUUGUUAUCCUAGGAAUAGUUGUUUUUAAAGUAAGGGAUCAUCUCAUUAGCAGAUAG